AUGAUGAACAAGUUGGCAUUUGAAGCGCUUGAUAGAACUUUCCAUGACCUAAUGAGUUCAAAUGUUGCUUCGGCUCGUGAUAUUCCGUUUGGUGGAAAAGUUAUUGUUCUUGGUGGUGAUUUUAGACAAGUGUUGCCAGUUAUUCCAAAAGAAACUCGUGCUGAAAUAGUUAUGACUUCAAUUAAUUCGUCAAUUAUUUGGAAGCAUUGUAAGGUAAUGUGGUUUAUGUGGUUGAUAAAAAAUCUUAGGUUGGGAAAGAACUCUGUUUUGUCAAAUUUGGAUGAAAUAAAGGAAUUCUCAGACUGGAUUUUAAAGAUUGGUGAAGGUUCUUGUGGGAAUCAAAAGGAGUAUGAAAUAAUUGUUGAUAUUCCAAGUGAUUUACUUAUUCCUCUAACUGACGAUCCUAUUCAGGAUAUUGUUUCAGCUAUAUAUUCAAAUAUUCAUGAUAACUAUGGUAAUGUUUCUUAUUUUCAAGAAUGUGGUAUACUUGCUCCUACUGUUGAUAUUGUGCAACAGAUAAAUGACUUUGUUGUUGACAGUUUUCCUGGGCCUGAGAAGAAAGGUGUUCCCAUUAUUUUGUUACGAAACAUAGCAAAUGGAUUGUGUAAUGGAACUCGACUCAUUGUUCAAGAUCUUGUAGAGAACAUUAUUGGGGCUGAAAUUGUGUCCGGAAGUAACAUUGGUGACAAAGUUUUUAUUCCUCGGAUGAAUUUAAUACCCAGUGAUCCUAGAACCCCGUUUAAAUUUCAGCGUAGAAAGUUUCCAUUUUCAGAGGCUUCAUAUUCAUUAGAAACUGUUGAAAGUGUUCUUCAGAUAGGACAAGAUUCAGUAUACUUGAUCGAUGUCAUGGGUUUUCUGAUAAGUGUUCGUGACUAUUCUGAUGUUGAACUUGACGAUGAAAAAAGUUUAAAUUAG